CCGGGCGGUCCUUGGGCGACCCUCCUGGACGACCCUUCCUUGCUCUACGGAUUCCACCCGGAUUUAGGAAAAACUUUCCCGGGAAGCCCCGGGGAGGGGACUGCACAGCUCCCGUUCGUCUGGGGGGAUCUUGCAAGGCUCGGCCGGUUCUAAAGCGAAUCCCCUGGCCACGUUCAGCUGCGCGCCCCUCUCCAAAGACUCGCGCUCUCCCUGUUGGCGGCCGGUCUCCUAAGGCCCGAGGGGGUCCUGGCAGGGGGGCGCCCGUUAGGCCGGGACGUCUUCCCUCUGCUCAGGGUCUUCUUAGGCUCCUUCCGAAGUGGGAGGGAAAAACACACUCCCUUUCGCUCUCCGGGCUCUUCUUCGCCGGAGGAUUCAUCCGACCGCCGCCUGAGCGCCUGGGCCGGCUAGCCUCCCAGGGUUGAGUAUCUUAGGGAGUCCCGACGGCGCGACCCUUCCACCCCACGAAUGCACCGCCGCUUCCGACGCCUCUCCGUGCUCUAAGAGGGCCCUUCUGCAGCCGGUCCAAGCGCAGGCGCCCCUUAGUUGGAGACUGGACGGGGAGGGCUUGGAGAACCUGGGCCGCCGCCUCUUUUUCCCUGAACUGUCCCGGUGCUCCGUCCCAAGCAGAACCGGGAGACCAACUCCAGCAGAGACACCCGCUGGGUUUCGCCAGCCAGCGCCAGCCCAGGGGCUGCUUAGCGCCUCCGGAAGGAAGUCAUCUCCGGUGUCGCUUGGCAGGGCUGUCCCAAAGGCUGAGCCCCCAGAUGCCAGCGGAGUCUAGCGGUCCGGGUAAACCGGCUUUUUAACCCAGGAUCUGCCCGUAACAUUGCCCUUGACUUAGAGUCUGCGGGGGAUGGGGGUGGCUAACAGAGGGCGAGCGGAGGACGUCGCCGAGCCAAAUCCAUUCUAGCCAGCCAAAAGGCGAAGGCGCGCGGGGCAAUGCGAAAUGUUUCCCCUCCACUCGCGCCCAUCUCCCGGUCGUUUCCCAAUCAGCCGGGCCAGAAAUCGUCCCCCCCCCGUGCUUAGGGAGGGGGCAGAGAUGUCCGUAAAACCCGCCCCCCCAGCCUUUAAGCCGAGUGAGUCUCCGGGGUGGGUCCCUCCUGCCGGGGUGGCGGGGCCCUGGAGCAUGGGGGAGGGAGCGAGGGAGGGGAAAAGGGAGGGAGGAGGGAGGAGCCGGGCAGGGCCGGGACGGGACGGGACGGGCAGGGCCGGGCAGAGCCGAGUCGCGGCCGGCUGCGCGUUGUGCAACGCCGUACUUAUAAAAGGGUCGCGACUGCGAUGGAGCCUCAGAAGCCGGGGCGGAAGCGCGAAGCAGUACCGCGGGCGGAGGUGAGCUGCGCCGUCCGCAGAGCAAGUGAUGCGCUGAGCAGGCUCAAGGAGAAGAUGCGCUCCCCCCGCAUUUCUGUGUAUGGGUUUCUGUGGGUCUGGCUGCCCCUCUUCUACAGCCGGUCUGUGAAAAUAGACAAGGUGAUUGCCGACACUAAAAGCCUCACCAAGACGAUCGUUGCCAGGAUCCAGGAGCACCAGUUCCCUCCGCUGAGCCUGAAGAUCAACGGUCUGGACUUCAUCCCCGGGGAGCUGCCGGUGCAGAGCCUGGAGGCCAUGGACGAGGCUCUGGAGCUCUUCCACCAAGUCCUCUCCAACCUGCCCCUGGAGGCACCCGUCGUCCAGAUCUCUCACGACGUGGAGAACCUCCAGAGCCUCUUGCAGCUGCUGGGCUCUUACCUGGGCUGCCCUCCCCACAGGCCCGCCCGCUCGGACGCCCUGCAGAACCUGACCGAGCGCCUGGCCGUCUCUCCCUAUACCGCGGCGGUGGUGACCUUGGACCGCCUCCAGAAGUGCCUGCAGAGCAUCACCAAGCACCUCGACCACGUGCACAACUGCUAGGGGGGGCUGCCUUGACAAG